CCCGGCCCCGGUCCCCGGCCCGCCGCGUAAUUAGCCUCCGCGCGCCCGGAGCGCGCCGCCGCCAACGCCGCGCCCGACACAGCGAUGGGCAACACGGUGCACAGGACCCUGCCAGACUCGAGCCCGCCGGCGCGCCUGCUGGCCACCCGGCCGUGCUGCGGCCCCGGCCCGGAGCGGCGCCAGGUGCUGGGCGAGGCGCCGCGCUUCCACACGCAGGCCAAGGGCAAGAACGUGCGGCUGGACGGCCACUCGCGCCGGGCCACGCGGCGCAACAGCUUCUGCAACGGCGUCACGUUCACGCAGCGGCCCAUCCGGCUGUACGAGCAGGUGCGGCUGCGCCUGGUGGCCGUGCGCCCGGGCUGGAGCGGCGCGCUGCGCUUCGGCUUCACGGCGCACGACCCGUCGCUCAUGAGCGCGCAGGACAUCCCCAAGUACGCCUGCCCCGACCUGGUCACGCGGCCCGGCUACUGGGCCAAGGCGCUGCCCGAGAACCUGGCGCUGCGCGACACCGUGCUGGCCUACUGGGCCGACCGCCACGGCCGCGUCUUCUACAGCGUCAACGACGGCGAGCCCGUGCUCUUCCACUGCGGCGUGGCCGUGGGCGGCCCGCUCUGGGCGCUCAUCGACGUCUAUGGCAUCACCGACGAGGUGCAGCUCCUCGAGAGCACCUUCGCCGAAACGCUGCCGCCCACGCGCCUCAGCCAGGCCCGCUUCAGCGCCUGCCUGCCGCCCAACAGCCACGACGCGGCCAACUUCGACAACAACGAGCUCGAGAACAACCAGGUGGUGGCCAAGCUGGGCCACCUGGCGCUGGGCCGCGCCCGCCGACCCCGCGCCGCCGCCACCGCCACGGCCGCCGCCAUCCCGUGCGGGCCGCGACCGCCGCGGCCCGCGUCGUCGCCGGUGCUGCUGGAGGCCGACCUGCGCUUCCACGCGACGCGCGGGUCCGACGUGAGCCUGUCGGCCGACCGCAAGGUGGCCUGCGCGCCGCGGCCGGACGGCGGCCGCACGCUCGUCUUCUCCGAGCGCCCGCUGCGGCCCGGCGAGAGCCUCUUCGUGGAGGUGGGCCGCCCGGGGCUGGCGGCGCCCGGCGCGCUGCCCUUCGGCAUCACGUCGUGCGACCCGGGCGGGCUGCGGCCGCCAGAGCUGCCCGCCGACCUCGAGGCGCUGCUCGACCGCAAGGAGUACUGGGUGGUGGCGCGCGCCGGGCCCGUGCGCAGCGGCGGCGACGUGCUCAGCUUCACGCUGCGGCCCGGCGGCGACGUGCUCCUGGGCGUCAACGGGCGCCCGCGCGGCCGCCUGCUGUGCGUCGACACCACGCAGGCGCUCUGGGCCUUCUUCGCCGUGCGCGGCGGCGCGGCCGGCCAGCUGCGCCUCCUCGGUACCCUGCAGUCCAGUCCCGCGUCGACGACCCCAUCAGGGUCCCUCAGUGGCUCUCAAGACGACAGUGAUUCAGAUAUGACCUUCAGUGUCAACCAGUCCUCCUCUGCGUCUGAGUCAUCCCUGGUGACAGCGCCCAGCUCCCCGCUGAGCCCCCCGGUGUCCCCUGUGUUCUCCCCGCCAGAGCCAGCAGACAGCAAGAACGGCGAGUGCACGGUGUGCUUCGAUGGCGAGGUGGACACGGUCAUCUACACGUGCGGACACAUGUGCCUGUGUUUCAACUGUGGCCUGCGGCUCCGGCGCCAGGCCCGGGCCUGCUGCCCCAUCUGUCGGCGGCCCAUCAAGGACGUCAUUAAGAUCUACAGGCCAUAGCCUGGCCUGCCCACAGGCCUUGGCUGGAGCAAGGUCACCUUUCUGAAGCCCCCCUGGGCCGGCAACCACCAUGGCUUCCAGGGAGUCCAAGGGCAGCAGCCGUCUUUCCAACAGUGGGCAAGGCGUGACAGUCGUGGAGAACAGGCCCUGGGGGUCUGAGCCCGGCAAGGUUUGCUUCUGGCUCAAAAGUGCUUUGCCCCCAAACGGCCGUCCCAAGAGCAAGCUCAGGAACUGCCUGGCAGAUCGCCCUUUCCCUCGGUGACCUUUCAGCUGGGAAACAGCAUCUUCUGUCUGUGCAAUGCUUCUUUCCGGGGUGGGCUGAGUGUGAGUGAGAAGGGGAGGGGCGGGAGGGGGCCAGAGACUAGGGAGAGAAUGUGCGAGAGAAUGAGAGGGGAGGGCGCGUGGGGAUUGUAUCCAGGUAUCCUGACUCUGGGGGCUUACCGAACGCUGCGGAACGUGCAGUCCGGAGCCCAGAUGCUAGCGUGGCUAGAAAUCGUUCACUUUCCGGGGUUGUGACGGAAGUUGGUUUUGAAUGUAUGAAGCCUGAACCUAAACAGAGCUCCCUUGGAUGGUAUAGGAAGGAGAUGCUCAGAUUUCCUAAGGGGAGGCAAAAAUAACUCAUUGUUUACAGCUCCAAAGCAGCAACUCCUUGAGGGGAAGGCGGGUGGAGAACGUAAGAGAACAAUUCACUUUUUUCAUUUCUUACGCAGUCUUGGACGCGCUGCAGCCGGGCGCUCUGGCCUGGGUCAUCUUUCGCCCCUUCCCCCCAGACAGUCUAAUAAUAAGCACAUCGCACCUUCGCUCCGUCUCUGGAGGCUUUCAGUCUUUGUAACCCCUCCCAGGAGAAGAGGAGCAUGCAGGUUCCCUUUUCCUGGGGGAGGGAAAGAAUCCUAGAGGCAGGUGACUCACCUGGACUUGGAAACGCCACUUCAUAGCACAGACAGCUGUCCACGUUUCCUGUUGUAACCCUGGGCCUGGCACCGGCCAGGUGGUGUGGGUGCUCCCAGGGUGGCCUCCUGGCAGCAGUGGGAGGAACCAGGACUUCAUGACUGGUCCUUGUUCUCAUUCUCAGUUCAUCCUCUUCUUCGGGUUCCUGGCACGUUAACUGAUAAGUCUGUUAACUCAUACACAGUGACAGUGAAAACGCUGGCCUUGUGAUUCGCACUUCCCAGGCCUACCCGCUGGUAUUUCCUGAGACCCCAGCCCUACCACCCGGUCACCCCUGCCCAUCUCUGCAGACUCCCAGACCACACCUGGGCUAAUGGGCUGGCCCAGGCCUGCUCCUCCCUUCUUGUCCCCAGUUCUGGGCUCCACCUCUGCCCUGUUCUGUGUUGUACCUUUAGGGAAGUCCCUUGGCCUGUCUGUUUUUCAGUUUCCCACAGGAAGUUUAGAACCUGACCACCCCAAAAGCUCUUAGGAGGACUGGCACGACAUUCUAAAAAGGCUGAGACACCUUGCAAAGAAAAAGUAUGAUUUUUAUUACAGUUCCUGGUAUGUUCAUCUGCUGAGGGAGGGAAGGAGAGGAAACGUUCAGAGACUUUCGCAUUUGUGUACCAAGCGCUCCCUGGGCGUCUGAGGGUCCCGAGCCGGGUGGGCCCAGGCCCUCAUCAAAUCAGGCCUCGUAGACCAGUCGGUGCCCUUGUCAUGCUGGAGGUCUCGGGCCACCCUCCUCCUCCAGCUGAGAAUGGCCAUGGUUUUCUGACCUAACCCCGACUUCAGACCCCUGCAGUCUUGAAAUGGCAAGCGCCCCUGGAUGGUUACUCUUCCCUAGUGAAUUUAGGGAACGUGCCCACAUUUUACUUUUGCAGCAGAAUCUUUUGAUUCUGGAGCUCCUGGAACCCCAGUGUUUGCCGGAAUCAGAGUUGGAGAAUCUGGGCAGCCCCGGGUGCCCAGCUGUUGGGUCGCCCCGUGUGCUGGGUGUGUGUAGAGCCAUGCACAGGCCCUGUGGCAGGGGCUCAUCACCCCCGCCUGUGGUUCUCCAGGUGACCGUCCCCAUAACUGGACUGAGUUGCAGCUCUGGUGGCCCCAGUGGCCUGGGGGAGCCAGCUCCUCUCUCCUGCCAUUUGCUCUUCCUGGCUGCCCCCUUGGGCUCCAGCCACGGUCACGUACAGCCACCACCAGGAAACCAGUGACUGAGGGCCCGGGCACAGGGGUGGACAAGGCCUUCUCCUAGUGACCUGUUACCCAGGAAGAAAGGAGCCAGUGGCCUGUUCCACCUGCUCUGCAGCUGCUAUAAAUAGCCUCCCUGUUUCCAAGAGGAGUUAAGGGGGUGUUUAUCUUCUAAAAACCAGACAUUUCCUGAUGCUCUGAACUGAUUUAUUCAGUGCUACAGAGGAGAGGCUCAAAUCCCCAUCUAUGUUCUGUUUUGAGAAGGGGGCAAGAGCAAAAGGAAAAGGAAACACUUUUUUAUUUUGCACCUGCUGUGUGCCUUGGCACUGGGCUAGAGAGGUGCCUUAGUCCUGUGAGGCAGGUCUUUUUGCCAUAAUGAGUCCCAUCUAAGAUACUGCUGAUCAUAAAGUGCACCAUUUUAUGUACCACUAGGGAAAACAUGCUGCCAGUCUUAACUGUAAGAUGCCACAACUGUACAGUUCAUUGAUCAGAGAUAAAGGCUGUGGUACUUAGAAUCAAUGAAAAAUGGCAUCAUCCCCUUUGGCAGGUAGGGAGCUGAGGUCCUGUAAGUGAAGUGACUUAAUGAUCACAUGACGGGAGGUGGCGGAGCUGCGAUUCACACCCAGGGAGGUCUGGUGCCAGCUCCCCUGCUCUCCACGCCUGGCCCUGAGCCCCAGGAAACUCAAGACGGAGUUUUCUUCCUUGAUGCUCAUCUGGAGAGAGCCUGGCGCCGCCCCUGGGUGGAGGGUUCCAGCGCAGGCCAAGCCCCGUCCACUGCCCGCACGCUGGAAGGACAAGUGUCCUUCCUUUCGGGCACAUCUGCUCGCUGCCCUGCUUCUGGCAGAGCCACGCUACGCGCGGUCUCGGCUCCAACCCAAGGGCCUUUGUUCUGGGGGUGCCGUGUGGGACAACUUUGGGGAGGGGCCCAGGGCCUUAUCCCACCACCGUCCUGGGCCCUGUGACCGCCAGCCCUGCACGCAGAGCCCCUGGCCACUGAGCAUCCCCUGGUGUGCCCAGCCCUCCUGUGUCCCGGGCUCCUGUGUCCCAGGGCGCGUCCCACGCCCAUGGCGUGCCCUUCCGGGCUGCAGCAGCCAUGGCUCCAGCCUAGGACAGGACAGGACAGACCCAAGACACCUUGUUGUCGCGGUCUUGUGCCUGUUCGUUAGGAGCCUCCUGCAACACUGGCUGUUUCCAAGACAAAACAAGCUCAUUUUUCUAGGGUGUCCUUGGAACAGGCGUCUCCGGGGUUUGGCCACUCCAGCGCCUCCAGUCAGGGGGCGCCCGCUGCUCGGCACAGGCUGUGUUGGGGACUUGGGGUCAAGGACUGGGACUAAAGCCAAAGGCUGCCAGGGCUCAGGUCCAGAGGAGGACAGAUUGGUGAACUCUGUUGGAUCCAUCUGGUGUCUCGUCCUGUGCUAACACGUAGUAGGUACUUAGUAAAGGUUUGCUGGAUAAACCAGAAAUCAGAUUAUGGACGUCCAGGGGUUUGGUGAUACAGCAUCACAUAACACAUGCACACAAAGUCAUUCAACAAACGUUUGCUGAGUGCCUACUAGGUGUGGGGUGCUGGGAGGAUGGAGCAGAGAGGGCUGUGCCCAGCUCUGGUGCGGGAGGUGGUGACAUUAAGAGGGUAAUGAGGCGUUGGGGACAGAAUCCACUGGGCCUUAUUGGCCAUUCUGUUGCCUUGGGUCCAUCCAGGUGAGCACCCAGCAGCUGCUUUCCCGGCCCAGAACCUCCCAUGUGACUCGAAAAACCUCUUCUGCAUUAGACUUGUGGGGCGUCUUGCAGUCAGUGAGCUGCUGCCAAAACAGCCUUAGGCAGAACCCCCAAAGUCCCCAUGGGUUGGCCACCCUCAGGUCUGCCAGGGAGUCUGGGAAGGUGGCUGCCUACUACUUUCUGGCCCUGGAAAUCGGUCCCCAAGGCCCAGGAGGACCCCAACUGAGUCAGUCCCAGUUGACAAUGGGGUUGUGCAAAGUCUUGGCAAAUGAGAGGCAAUAACCUCCCAUCACUCGAUCCCAUCCCUGUCCCAGUUCUGGCAGGGGGACACCGGCUCAGGAACACGUGGCCUCCUGGCAUUUCUCGGUAUUUAAUUGUCUCACUGGUUUACCCAAGUCCCUAGUGAAACGACUUGUACAACAAUCUGUCUGUGCCUUAUGAAAGUGUCUGUGCACUUUUUAUCUUCUUUAAAAGCAACUUUUAAAAGUGGACAGGGGACUAGCAUAUGUGGUAGGGUUCUAGAAAUCCAUGAUUAUCACUGAAAUCCUUUUGGCAUUGUGUUUUUGAUGUUGGAGUGACAAAGUGUCCACCCCUUACCCCACACCCCACUACCUGUGUACAGACCUUUUUAAACAUGCCUCUUCUUACUAUUAUUUUUCUGAUUCAAUACUGUGACUUCUCCAAUACAGUCUAAUCCUUGGGGAUCUGUAAUAAAGGUUUUAAAACUGGGGAGUGGGUUGGGAAGGGUUUGCACUAGUCUUGUGUGUUGUGCUUUUGUGUGUUGUGUGUUGUGAUUUUGUCUGUUUUUAUCUGUUUUAUAUUAACAUAAAUUUUCCUGUUUAAAAUAAAAACAAAUACAACUUUGGCUUGUUAAAAAAAAAA